AUGCCGCUCGAGGUGCCCGAAGAUGUCCUGUAUAUCCUGUGCGACAAGCUCGCCGACGCCAAGGACUUUGACACUCUGUUUCAGUGCGCUCUCACAGCCAAACGCUUUGCCGUGCCAGCCCUGACCUGUCUCUAUCGCCAUCACGAUGCUUCUCCUGUUAUCGGCGGAGGCGGAGAUGGCCAACCCCCUCCCAAGGUGCAGAAAUGGUCCAUCAUGUGGCGCUCCAUCAUUGCCGCCAGCCUCGAGGUCACCGCCUUUCCUUAUUGCCGCUAUAUCAAGACGCUCGAUUUCCGCGACCUUAUCGUGCUCCUGGAGCUCUUCCAGGACCCUAGGUUCACGCGCAAGGACCUCAUGAAAGAUUUCUUUUCCGGAGAAAUGUCUGCUUUCAAGAUCACGAACAAGGUUGGGAGGAAGGGUGUCCUGGAUGUCGGCGCCACUGUCGAAGCCAUCGGAGACGUCAAGGCCAGCGCACUCAUCAAGUGGCCGCCGAAGCUCCCGCGAUUGACUUCGCUGCAGCUGUGGGCGGGCGAUGCCCUCAGCGAUCCCAAGGCACAAGAUGCAAUCAUCGAGCACUGUCCGAAGUUCAACGCUCUCAGCUUCUACAUCUGGAUUGGCGAAGCCGCCGACCAGCAGCUCGCUUCUUUCCUCUCGGGACUGCAGCCUCAACGGCUGAAAUACUUCGAAACCAUCAGUCAUGCUGACCUCGGCGAGGGAGCAUUGCUUUCAUUAAGCUCUCAUGGCGAGUCGCUGAAGAAUCUGAAGAUGGCCUUGCGGCCCAGUACCAUACCACAUCUCGGUCUGCUCAAGACUUGCACAGCGCUCGAGAGUCUAGAGCUCGAAUACUCCAAUUCCAGGGAGAACCCGCUUGACCUCGAAGCAACGCAGCACGAUAUCUUCGUCGAGGUCCAACAGUGGCUUUGCGAAUGCAAGAGCAUGAACAGCCUGCAAUUUAGCGGUAUUUUUUCUGCCUUAAAGCUCGUUACACCCGUCCUUCUUCAGCACGACAUUAAGCUGUCUCACCUCAGUGUCGACUGUUAUGAGGCGCACAGUGCCGCGGAAUUCCACCGAGCUUUGACCAACCAACCAAGCCUUCAAUGGCUCCAGCUUACGGCGGACUCGGAUGGAAUGAUCAGGGACGAUAUAGAUAUCGUGGUCGAAACACUGACACAACUAGGACAGUUGAGACACAUCAAGCUCAUUGGCGUGUCGGACUAUUUUAAUGACGAGCACAUUAUCGCGCUUGCGAAGAGUUUGCCCCAUCUAGAUGAUGUCUACUUCACCGGCCUUCAAGUCGGUGAUGCCAUUCUUCCUGAACUCGCCAAUCUCAGGGACCUGCGUCGGCUCGAGGUUGCUUCGAUCAGUACGUUUACCUUUGAGGGGCUACUGGAGUUUGCAGAGCGGCUCGGACCUGGAAAUAGAGGGAUCGAGUUCAGAGUGGAAGCUGCCGCGCCGGAAAGCAAGCUUUCGGACGAAGAACUGCAAGUCGUCAACCAGCAGUUAACAUCCAGGGUCGAUGGAAAACUGGAAUGGGUGCUAUACAGAGAUCCGCAGGAGGAGCAAAUUGACGAGUCCGAUUCGGAUUGA